CCCCCAAAUAGCAUCGGUCCAUGCAAACCCCCGAACUGCAUUAUGCCAGUUAACCCCCCAGAUAGCAUCGGUCCAUGCAAACCCACCGAACCACAUGAUGUCAGCAACGGUCCAUGCAAUCCCCCGAACUGCACUAUGCCAGUUAACCCCCCAAAUAGCAUCGGUCCAUGCAAACCCCCCGAACCA